UUUAAAGCAGCCACAUGCAGCCCAGAGCCGGCCACAAUCACAGCUCUCAGCAGAGGGGGAGCCAGAUCCGGGUGUGCCUGGGCAAUCUGUGUUGAGUCUGUCUCCUUUCCAUCCCUGCAGCACUUUCAGAGCCUUAAGUUUUGCAGCGAGAGAGAAGGGGGGGGGGGGACGGAAAUCUCUGCAAAAAUGGCUGGGCAAUUAUAGAAAACAUGAGCACUAAAAAGCUGUGCAUUGUUGGAGGGAUCUUACUGAUUUUCCAAGUCAUCGCCUUUCUAGUGGGAGGUCUGAUUGCUCCAAGUCCCACUUCGGCUGUGCCCUACAUGUCAAUAAAAUGUGUGGAUGUCCGGAAAAACCACCACAAAACGAAAUGGCUAAUGCCCUGGGGACCCAACCAGUGUGAGAGGAUCCGAGAUCUUGACGAGGCAAUGAGCAGACAAAUAGAAGCCAAUGACAUUGUGUUUGCUGUUCACAUCCCCCUCCCCACCAAGGAGAUGAGUCCCUGGUUCCAGUUCAUACUUGUUAUCCUGCAGCUGGACAUUGCGUUCAAGAAAAAUAAUGAGAUAAAAGACAAUGCAGAAGUUACACUUGAUGUGUCCUUGGCCUAUCGUGAUGACAUGUUCAGUGAAUGGAAAGAAAUGGCACAUGCGAUCGAGACCCGAAAGCUAAAAUGUUCUUUUGCCUCUCCAAAAACCAUAGAGCAUGAAGGCCGAUACUAUGACUGUGAUGUGCUCCCUUUCAUGGAAAUUGGAACUGUGGCUCACAAAUUCUACCUCCUCAACAUUCGACUCCCUGUGAAUGAAAGGAAACUAAUUAAUGUGGGAAUUGGGGAAAUAAAGGAUGUUCGCCUGGUGGGUAUCCAUCAAAAUGGAGGUUUUACAAAGGUGUGGUUUGCAAUGAAAACCUUUCUCACACCCAGCAUCUUCAUCAUCAUGGUUUGGUAUUGGAGACGGAUCACAAUGAUGACACGUCCUGUCCUGCUGGAAAAGGUAAUCUUUGCUCUUGGGAUUUCCAUGACGUUCAUAAACAUCCCAGUAGAGUGGUUUUCCAUUGGAUUUGACUGGACUUGGAUGUUGCUCUUUGGAGAUAUUCGACAAGGAUUCUAUGCCAUGCUUCUGUCAUUUUGGAUAAUUUUGUGGGAGGAGAUGUUAUGCAGCUCGAAAUCUGGGAUGCCAUAUCCCACCAUGGAUAUGCACAGAGCUGACACAAAACAGCACCUAGAUCAAAAUGAACGAAAUCAUUUUUCUGGGUACUGGAAACAGGUUGGGCCCAUAGCUGUUGGUGCCUUCUGCCUUUUCAUCUUUGACAUGUGUGAGAGAGGGGUACAACUGAAAAAUCCAUUCUACAGUAUCUGGACCACAGAUGUUGGCACGGAGCUGGCUAUGGCAUUUAUUAUAGUUGCAGGAAUCUGCCUUUGCCUCUACUUCCUGUUUUUGUGUUUCAUGGUGUUUCAAGUGUUCAGAAACAUUAGUGGGAAACAAUCCAGCCUCCCAGCAAUGAGCAAGGCUCGCAGGCUUCAUUAUGAGGGGCUGAUUUUUAGAUUCAAGUUCUUGAUGCUCAUCACUCUGGCCUGUGCAGCAAUGACUAUCUUCUUCAUUGUCAGUCAGGUGACUGAAGGCCAUUGGAAAUGGGGGGACUUCACAAUACAAGUGAACAGUGCCUUCUUCACUGGCAUCUACGGGAUGUGGAACCUUUACGUCUUUGCUCUUAUGUUCCUAUAUGCUCCAUCACACAAGAAUUAUGGUGAAGAUCAAUCAAAUGGUGACCUGGGAGUAAGUAGUGGGGAGGAGCUUCAGCUCACGACCACCAUCACCCAUGUGGAUGGGCCAACCGAGAUUUAUAAGCUGGCUCGCAAGGAGGCUCAGGAGUAACUCCUGGAACACCUCACUUGGGACAAACACAAUGAAGUACAAAACACAGAUUGAGACAACAGCCUCCUUGAGGACACAUCAGAAGUAACUCUACAAAUACCCAGUAUUUAUAGUGUGUUCACUGAGUGGUGGCACUAAAAUAGAACCUCUGUAAACUCUCUUUAAUAUGGUAUAUUAUCUCUGGGGGAGGGCAGGAUAUGUAGUCUAUUUUAUGCAGACACGCUAAACGAACACUAAAGGUGCAGAGUGAAACCUUCAAGAGUUAAAAGCCAGGAUUAAUGUUGCCAGUGGAACCUUAAUUUGAAUACUUGUGUAUAUGCAGGACGAUAGUCUUUAAUUACUGGGGUUUUUACACAGGACUCCUGCCUCAUUCAAUGCACAAAAUGGACAGUGCUCACUUAAGAGGAGGUAUUUAGUAUUUUGUUUUCUUUGGUGUGCAAUUUCCUCAUAAACGCACAGAAAAUGCAAAAUUAUAUUCUGUAUCUAACCAUAUUGAUACCCUUUUCCCUCUUCCCCCCAGUUGGGUCACUAGCAGGGUUCAAACCUUUAGAUCGGUAGCACAGACCACUGCCACUUAAGCUAACAGUGACUGGUAGCAGUAGUAGGCUGUUACCUGGUGUGUGAACUAGGCACUAAAGACGGGAGAGAUGCACACUUUACUAAUGGGUUUCACAGCUAUUUGCUGACAGAGGAAUGUAAAACUCUGGACUCCUGGAUUCUUUUCCAAGUCCUGGAGGGGAGUAUACUAGAGUGGUUAUAGAUCUUUCUGCCCUUGUGUCCCCCAACUUCCUUGUAUCCUCCUACCUGCUCCACACCCAUUGGGCUCCUGAACCCCCUUCUCUCCCCACCCCUCCUUCCUCCAUUCCUCAUUCCUCUGCAUUCCAGUGAUGGCUCCUUCUCAUCCAUGAUGCCUGGGUGUGAGGAGAGGGAUCACUGAGGACACAGGAGAGACUGUUGCUGUGGCACUGGGCACAGGAUCCUGCAGCAGCUGGGAGGAGCAGUUGUAGGGCAACUCCUACUCGAUGCCUGCAGUGCUAGCAUGGAACAUACUCAGUAGAGAUGGAAUAUCUGGAGAACUUAGCUGCCAAAUCGGCACUGAACAUGUGAGAACCAAUUUUUUCGGUGUCUCGUAACUUGGCCAAACUUCCCGACCAGUUCUUAGACUCUUUGGGGAGCUUAGCUCUGGCAAUGUCCUGCAGAAGACUGCAAUUGCUGUUCUUGGCUGCUGCAGGAUGCUGUAGUGCUGCACAAGGUAUUAAGUCCUGUGUUCUCCCUCCUAAUGCCCAGGCAGUGUGGAGGAGGAAACGGCCUGAUUUCAAAUGCAGAGGGGAUGAUCCAGACCUGGAGGGAGAGGGAGUGGACUAGGAUACAUGUGGAUUGGGGGUGUGUGGGAGAG